AUGGAUUUUAUAAUGGCCACAGCAUUCGGCAUACAAUCAAAUUGUAUAAAACAGCCAAAUCAGGAAUUUAAGUAUUGGGGAAAACAAGUCUUCGGAGAGAUUACCGACAAAAUAAUAAUAUUAUCAAGAUUUUAUGAAUGUUCUUAUACAAUUGAUGGAGAAAGGAAAUAUGACAACAAAAAAGACGUUAUCUGCGAUUUAUCAGACGUAAACAAACUAACCAUAGCUGAAGCGGCUGCACAAGCUUUCGGUUUCUUUUUGGCUGGCUACGAAACAUCAGCCACAACAGCUUCGUAUUGUUUAUACGAAUUAGCUUGCAAUCCUGAUAUACAGGAUAAAGUUCGCACAGAAAUUGAUGAAUUAUUAGAAAAACAUGGUGAGAUAUCGUACGAGGCUGCAAAUGAAAUGAAAUAUUUUCAAAACGUAAUAAAUGAAACUUUAAGAAAAUAUCCCCCACUAUCCAUUUUAUUUCGGAAGUGCACUAGAGAUAUAGAUCUCUCAGAUACAGAUAUCCACAUUUCAAAAGAAACUAUAGUCGUUAUACCGGUGCUUGGAUUGCACCGCGAUCCAACUAUAUAUCCGGAUCCGGAUAAAUUUGAUCCGGAACGAUUCACCGAAGCCAAUAAAGCAACAAGGCACUCGUUUGCAUAUUUACCAUUUGGUCAAGGACCACGGAUGUGCAUGGGUAUGAAAUUAGCCUUCUUGCAAAUAAAGAUGGGACUUGCAAAACUGUUGUUGAAAUAUAAAUUCAAACCACAUCCAAAGACUUCAAUCCCGUUAACGUUAGAUAAAACGUCAGUUUUAAUAGUUGCCCCAAAAGGUGGAAUACAUCUAACCAUUGAGCAACGAUAACGGUCUUUGUUCAUUUUUCCUAAAAAGGUUCGAGAUAUUGUUAUAAAUAAUAUUUCAAAAUCUUUCUUGUAAUUAGUUUUAAGUAUUAUAAUACUACUUUGUACCAUAUAAUAAAAUGUUUCGUUAAUAUGUAAA